AGCUUUGAAGUGUUUUGUGUUGGGCGAAGGAGGGAGAGAGAUAGAGAGAGAGAGAGAGAGAGAGAGAGAGAGAGAGAGAGAACAAUGGCUUCCACUUCCUGCUUCUUGCACCACCACGCUCUCACCACUCCCGCCAGGACUUCGUCCCAGCGCUACGCGGUGAGCUCCAGGCCCGCCCAGAUAGUCUGCCGGGCCCAGAGGCAGGCCGCCGGAGAGGAGGAUGUCGCCGUUGUUUCCCGUCGUUUGGCUCUGACUGUCCUCAUCGGGACCGCCGCUGUCGCGUCCAAGGUUUCCCCUGCUGACGCUGCCUACGGUGAAGCUGCCAAUGUGUUUGGGAAGCCAAAAUCAAACACCGACUUCUUACCCUACCAAGGAGAUGGGUUCAAGUUGAACAUCCCAUCAAAGUGGAACCCAAGCAAAGAGGUUGAGUACCCGGGUCAGGUGCUCAGAUACGAGGACAACUUCGACUCCACCAGCAACAUCGCUGUCAUGGUCACCCCAACUGACAAGAAGUCAAUUACCGAUUACGGCUCCCCUGAGGAGUUCCUAUCAAAGGUGGACUACUUGCUGGGCAAGCAAGCAUACUUCGGAAAUACUGAUGCUGAGGGUGGCUUCGACUCCGGUGCUGUGGCGACUGCAAAUGUCCUGGAGAGCUCCAAAUCUAGCGUCGGCGGGAAAGAUUACUACUUCUUGUCUGUCCUAACAAGGACUGCUGACGGAGAUGAAGGUGGCAAGCACCAGCUUAUCACAGCCACCGUUGACAAUGGGAAGCUAUACAUCUGCAAGGCUCAAGCAGGAGACAAGAGAUGGUUCAAGGGAGCAAGGAGGUUCGUGGAGAGCGCCGCGAGCUCAUUCAGUCUCGCUUGAGCAUGCUUUCUACCAUAGUUUGUAUGUAGAUCGCUUGUAUGCUUAUGGUUUCUACUCUGAAUGGCCAACGCUUUUUGGAGAAACUUGUUGAAAAUGUAACUGAGAGAGCUGAUUAAUGAAGGGCCUGUUGGACAGUUGUGGAUACUGUGUAAUGCUUAAGAUUGUGUCGGCUGCUUAAGUUA